AUGGAAAAUUCGUCUGAAAGCGAAAAGACAGAGGUCAUUCGAAGGACUUACAGCCACAAGUUGCCAGGGGAGCACUUGUAUGACGACAUUCUGUUCUUCGGCUACACCCCAGCAGAUGUCCUGGAUGCUGUGAAGGAUUUCGAAGUGCGCGAUGAUGACGUUUUCAUAGCAACCUACCCAAAAGCAGGUACAACGUGGCUUCAGGAACUCACAUGGCUUAUAAUGCAUGAUGGGAAUUUCGAAGAAGCGUAUCAAAAACCGGUCUAUUUCCGGUCGCCAUUUUUGGAAUUCAAAGACGAAGUCCUAAACGAAAUUGGCCUUGAUAUAGCAGCACAACUCCAGCCCCCGAGGAUUAUCAAGAGUCACUUGCCAGUGACACUGAUGCCAAAUCAAAUACAAAACAGAAACUGUAAGACGCUGGUGUUGUUCCGGAACCCCAAGGACGUCUGCGUGUCUUAUUACCACUUCUACCGCGCCAGCUCUUCUUUUGGGAACUUCCGGGGUUCAUGGGAAGAGUUCAUGUAUAUGUUCCUGGACGGAUACGUGGACCACGGUUCCUGGUUCGAAUAUACAAAAGGGUGGUGGGGGAGACGUGAAGACCCCAACACAAUGCUGGUCUUCUACGAGGAUUUGAAGCGUAACCUUCGAAUGGAGGUCGACAAACUGUGCGCGUUCCUGGGGAAGCCACUUCCGGUUCCGGUGCGCGAGGAGAUCGCGCGUCACUGUCGCUUUGAGAACAUGAAGCAGAACCCGAUGACGAACCACAUGGACGUGUAUUCCAUAGACAGCAAUAUAUCGCCCUUGUUACGGAAAGGUGAGGUGGGCGACUGGAAGACCAUAUUCACGGUGGCCCAGAGCGAACAGUUCGACAAAUUUUGCACGGAUGAGCUGGGACAUCUAGACAUCCCCUUCCGCUACACGCUUCAUUAAACGAGUUCUCCCCUCAGAAGCAACGUGAAAUUGCAAACCGCUUAAAACCAUUACAGCCUGUCAGUUACUCGCAAUCUGUUCAGGUUUUAUGUUGUUGGCUGCUCAUCAGAAACUUAGGUUUACAAAUGAAUCCUUUACAACUUAAAUUUAAUACGAAAUGUCUUAAUAUUUAAUUCGGUUUCUCAUGGACUACACACGCAUCCAAGUGCGUAUCUAAGGGUUAAACGAGUUUCCGAGUGUUCGAGGGUUGGGCUUGGCCAUUCACGCAUCGCUUGACCAGUAUGCGGGGAGUCGUGGGUCAGAUUCUCGGGCUACAAGCUACACGAGACACGUUUUGGGGCGUAGGACUGGUGCUGGUUUUAUAAAUAUUGUGAAAAUGUGGUUCGAAUGUCCUGCAAAAACAUACCAGCCGUUACAAACAAACAUUUAGCUGGUUUACAAAGGCGAAACACUCUACGGCAUAUUUACAUUACGGCAUAACUGUCGAUGCAACAUAAAUGCUAAGAAUUUACAUAUAAAGACUUAUGUUAAGUCUUUGUAUUUCGGUAUCUUGGACAUGUAUGAAAUGUUCAUAUUCAGAUGUUUCUCAACCAAUUGAAAUCAGUCGUAGCUUCUGUCAACGUUUUCGACCAUUGACUCGACAGAACUCCAUAGUUAGCCUUUGAUACUUUAAAGAUCGUGAGCCUGUAACAGAAUGAAGCGAAUGUGGCGAUUCUAUCCAGAUACCAAGUGCUUCAUUGUGCGAGCGUUCCUUCAAACCCAAAAUGCCAAUUGCCUCAAAGUUUAACCCAUUUAUGCCUAGCGUCUAGAAAAAAAGGCAAACAGCAUGAUGCGGCGGCUCACCAGGGUCUGCGCUGUUUUCUCAAAAGAAUUUCUGUAAGAAAUAUUCUAAAUAUAGAAAUAAAUAUACUAGAUAUCCCUAAUUUUGGUAAUAAAUUGAUCCAAUUUAGAAGGAUGGGAGCGUCCACUAGGCAUAAAUGGGUUAAUAGACUAGCAACCGUUCACUGUGCCCGACAUCACUCUGGAUCAGCAGACGAUUUAUUUCAAGGAGCAUUCUUACGGAGUGUUCCGGAUGCAGUCGAUGUAUCACGAUUGUGCAUUACAUGGAUCGGAUUCGCCAGAAAACUUUGGUAAUGAAGUCUGGUCUUGCAACAGUUUACAAUAUUUUGUAGGCGAUAAUAAUAUCCGCAAGCUCUUCUCAUAGUUUAUACAAUGCUAAAUGCAAAUCAUCUAAGACGCUUUCUGUGAAAACUUGGCUUAAUAUAUACGCGUAAAGUAUCGUCCCAGAUAAGCCUUGCAGUUCGAACAGGAUAAUUAGGGACGACGGUUUCCGCCUAGACUGGUUGUUCGUUUUGAAGAGACUUUCUUUAACCCUUUGCAUGCUGGGAAUUUGUCGUCUGCUAAAAUGUUGUCUGCUGAAUUUUAAAAAUUAGCAUUUUCUUCGAUUUUUUUUCAAAGAAUGCUAUCAGAAUAGCUAACAGUUUGGAUUCUGAUGAAACGCCACGUUCUGUGGCAUCUCAUCUUGAUCCAAACUGUUUGCAAGGACCUUUAAAAUUUGGUUCCAGCGCUGAAAGGGUUAAUCGAACAAGUCCAAAAUCGCGGUAAGUGUAGUCCAUAUAUUAGACUGUGCGAACUGAACAGACUUAUCUGGGACGCUUCUUUGUGUAAAAUAUUUAAGCCCGUUUUUUUUAACAGAGCGCGCCUCAUUUGAUUAUAUUAUUUCUAAUCUAUGCAUUUGUAUUUAAUAUUUUAUAGUUAAUGGAUCGGGCACCAAUGCAAUCUUUGGCAACGUUGAACAAUAGUAUUUGCUCCACCUACAUUCCGAAAGCUAGACCACUUAAAGUACUUGUAUCCCCGGUGUUGUUUGCGUCGAUUCUUUCUGUUAGAUCAUAGUAGAUUUGAAUAAUGUACUCAAGUCUUACUGUAUGCGUAUAUUGUAUGAUCGUUGUUGUGAUGGUGUCCGUAUUGAUGUUUUACA